UCGCAUCUGUGCUAUGGUUGCCUGGCUGGUUUUAAAGCAACCUAUCUUAAAUACAAGUUGGAGAGCUGCGGUGUUCCCGUUCUUUUAAAGCAACCUUUGCAUUAGUUUUCAGUUAACUCUCUUUGACGCGUUCCGCUCUCUCCUUCCCACAGAGCUGAUCUGUGGCAAGCAGGCUGUUGUAUUCCGCCGGUGCUCUUCCUGUCACAGAAAAACUCUUCAACUGGGCACCCCGGGAUCUUGCGAGGUCUGCCCUUCAGACACUGCGUGCGUGCUGAAUGAACACUUGUCUUUCCUUUGCAGGAUGGAAAUCCGUUUGGUCCCUUCUGGGAUCAGUUCCAAGUGGAUUUUGAUAAGUCUGAGCUCUUCAAGGGAAUGUCCUUCAGUUCUGCGUACAAGGACCAUUGGAUCCAAAGAAAGAAUUUGGUUCUCAGUUGCUGAUCGGGAACUGUAUUUUGCUGGUUGCCUCAUGUUUUCAGAGCCACUUCAGUCGUAUCAGUUUUCGCCAUCUGAGCACCCUGUACUGGCCUUACCUGGAGCUCCAGCCCAGUUUCCAGUCUUAGAGGAGCACCGACCCCUCCAGAAAUAUAUGGUGUGGUCUGACGAAAUGGUGAAGAAAGGAGAAGCCUAUAUUCAUUCUCUGCUGGUCAGGCCCUACGUAGGAAUCCACCUGUGGAUCGGCUCAGACUGGAAAAAUGCUUGCAAUAUGCUAAAGGACGGGACGGCUGGGCCACACUUCAUGGCAUCACCUCAGUGCGUGGGCUACGACCGAAGCGCUGCAGUCCCUCUUACCAUGGACAUGUGCCUGCCAGACCUCAAAGAGAUCAAGCGUGCUCUCGAGCUCUGGGUGAGAAAGACGGAAGCUAAAUCUGUUUAUAUCGCUACUGAUUCUGAGCCAUACACGACGGAAAUACAGCAGCUCUUCCAAGGAAAGAUCAAGGUGGUUAGCCUGCAGCCAGAAGUGCCUCAGAUUGAUUUGUACAUCCUUGGCCAGUCCGAUCACUUCAUCGGGAACUGUGUCUCUUCAUUUACUGCCUUUGUGAAAAGAGAGCGCGACGUGCAUGGAAAACCCUCUUCGUUUUUCGGCAUGGACCAUCCACCAAGAUUACGGGAUGAAUUCUGACCAAAAGAGGAUCAGGCUCUGUAGUUCUCAGGGCUCGGAGCUUUGGUACCUUGCCGAGGGACCGCUGGGUGCCGUCAGUGUUCUCCUGCCUGCAGAGCAUGCUGCCGCAGCCCUGCCUCGGCCCUGUGGUGCUCCUCGCAGCCGCUUCCAGGCUGCUCUGCCUGACUUCUCCCCUAUUUCCCACAUGAGGUCAGGCAGAAAAGAAAUUUUAAAUCACAUAGUUUAUAGUUUCCUAUAAACUGUAUGUAGUUUUUAAGACAUAGUUUAUACAGCUCUCCAUUCUCAUGGUUUGGGGCUCGCCAGCAAUCGUGAUGAAGCAGCUGCUCAGAUUUCCUUGCCUCCAUUUUUUUUUUUUUUUCCGUUAAACUUAAAUUUUACCAGGAGAUGUUGUGCAGCGUCUUGU